GAGAAAAAAUGUGACUGCUUCUUCGAAUGGCGAACUGAAAAUUGCAAAAUUCACCAUCCAUUGCAUAGUAUGACUGUCGCGUUCAACCCUACAUCGUAGCAGCAGCAGCAGUGAAACCAGCAGGCCGCGAAAAUCGCGCUAAACUGUGUGAACGCCUAACAUCCGAGGAUUUUUCUUCCAACCCAUCAUCCCGCAAAGUCAUACGGGCCGUGUCGUGUGUGAACGUGCCAGCCAGCGAUCCCAGCAACCUGCGCCCGCCGCCGAGCAGCUAGAGCCAAAAAUUCCGACCAUCCAAACCGGGUCGGGUCGUCGAGUCGAGCGAGCGAGAAAACCCAACAUCAGCAGCAGCCGGCCGCCAUUUGCUUGGGUCGGAGAGAGCAGAAGGAAAAGUCACCGGCGAACGGAAAAAGGGGGGUGCAUUUGCUAGAACCGGGCCGUGCGAGUGAACUAAUUAGCAGACCGUAAAAUGGCUGACCAGCAGGCAGCGGGUGUGGUGGAGCAACAGCAGCCCGCGCCGGCCCCGCAACAACAGCAACCGGCUGCCGCACAGCAACAACCGGCGCCGCCGCAAACCGAGCAGCAACCUCAGCAGCCGCAGCAGCAGCAGCAACAACAACAACCGGCUGCCCAGCAGCAACAACCGCAACAGCAGCAGCAGCAGCAGGGUGGAGGUGACUCGAACCAGAAGGCGGCCGCUGCGGCUGCCGCUGCCGCCCAAACGCAGAAGGAAAUCAUUGCGACGAAGGUGACUGGGGUAGUGAAAUGGUUCAACGUGAAGAGCGGCUACGGGUUCAUCAAUCGGGGCGACACGCUGGAGGACGUGUUCGUGCACCAGUCGGCCAUCGCGAGGAACAACCCGAAGAAAGCGGUCCGCUCGGUCGGCGACGGCGAACAGGUCGAGUUCGACGUGGUGAUCGGCGAGAAGGGCAACGAGGCGGCCAAUGUGACCGGCCCAUCGGGUGACCCGGUCAAGGGCAGCCAGUAUGCGGCGGAGAAGCGGCGCGGCUACCGGCACUGGUGGCAGAAGCGCGGUGGUCGCCGCCCGGGAGCGCCCCGCUCGAAGGACGGCCAGCCUGACGGAGGGCACGGUGACGGCCAGCAGCAGGGAGAAGACGAGCAGCCGAUCCAGCAGGUGCAGCAACAGAACCAGCAGGGUCAACAGGGCGGUGGUGGCGGCGGCGGCGGCGGCGGUGGCGUUCAACACAACCAGCAGUCGAACAAGAACCAUCAGCAUCAACAGCAACACCCGCAGCAGCACCAGCAGGCGCGGCGCUAUCGGCCACGCGGUCGCGGAGGGUACAGCUCGUACAAUCCCCGCAUUGCCCGUGGGGACCGAAUGUCGAAGCCGGGCGGUUACGUGCAGGACGGCCGCGUCUACUACGAGAUUCCGUGGGAUGAAACCCCCCGCGGACAGGGCGCCCCGAGUCGUUUCUUCCGCCGCAACUACCGCAGCGGAGGCCGCGGAGGGGGCAUGGGAGGUCCGCCGGGACCGCGCCGUGGUGGCCACCGUCCGAACUAUCAGCCCGAUUACCAACAGCAGCAGCAGCACCAACAGAACGACCAGUCCCAAGAGCAGCACCAGUCGCAGCAACAACAGCAGCAGAUGGUACCACGUCGCGGCGGUGGCAUACAGGGACGGGGCGCCGCUCGCGGUCGGUUCCCGCGCCGUGGACGUAACCCGCAGCGCCCGCGCAACGAUAACAGCGGUAUCAACAGCGCCGUGCAGAACACGACCACCGAAAGCUCGGCAUAAGUGGGCCGCGUUUGGAGGUUAUGUCUGCGCUCUCCUGUUCACCGGUCACAACCACUACCCUAGUAGGCGAUGCGGCGAACGUUCAAGAUCUGUUCUUCGCUAUUCGACAACAGCAAAGCGACCUACGACCGGCGGACAGUGAUGGGCACGCAGACACGCACGAUCAUCACCGGAGGCAAGAAACAAUGGAAAAGGAUAUCCCGCGCGCUAAAGAAGAACACGGCGCCGCUAGCAUACACCGAGCUCUCGAAUCCUCCUAAGAAUACAGAGAGCGAGCGAAAGAGAAACCAACAAUGAAAAUCACUCCAGCAAUACCGAGAAAAUCCAAGGAGCCAUGCAUCGAGCGACGAACACCGUUCGCCUUCACCAUCAUUCUGCUGGCACAGGAUCGGAACAUCAGGAUCCUAGCAAGCGGCGAGCAUCCACGCACGUAAGUACCUUACGCUUGGCGCUCGUGUUUGCCGCCUUAACAACCGACUGAGCCGGCCGCGUGUGUGUUUAGAUGCGUACGAAGAAGAUCUGUGUGUGUUGAAACCGCACGUUGAUCACGAGGAAAAUGGAAAAGCCCCACGCGUCGCGUCAACUGCAAUGGAAAAACCGAACAAUCCGGACGUAUCUCAUUUUCGCGGCUCGGUGUUUGUGGGAAAAUGAAGUAAAAUGUCGUAGAUAUGUGAGGGGGCCUAGUAAAGAGGCGCGGAAGUUCGGCCCAAGCGCAAAGUAAUAGAUAGCAAGAGAGGGUGAGCGAGAGCGAGCAGGAGAGGAACUUUAACAGCAACAGAGAGAGAGAGAGGACGUGUUUCACUAAAGAAUAGUAACGAUUAAAUAAUAAUACACAUUGCAUUGAUUACAACCAAUAUGAAAUGAAACGAUAAUCCUUUAUUAUAACACAAGAAGCAAGCAAACAAACAAACAAAAAAAACACGCAAACAAGUAAAACCCAAACCAACAGCGCGACGCAACCCAUUCAGAAGAAGAAGCGAUUCGAUCGUAACACGAAUAGAGGGUGGAUGAUCUUGGAAGCUAAUUUCGGGCAGAAAAACCGUUUCCCGCUCAACAGUAAAACAACCGUGAACCGCAGGAGGGGUCUCGUGAAGAAGAUUUUGGUAUGGGCAACAGAAGAACCGCCCUAUCUUAUCACGAAAGGUGGGAUUAAUUGAAGCGAGUCCAACUACAUUGCUGUCCCCGUUGGCUCUGCAUCGAUAGGGAAGCGCAAGCUUGAAAGACAGCAGGGGGCCCCAGCAAACCACCGGCAAGGAUGGAGCUGCUGACGGUGCUUGGCAGAGAAGGAGCGAGUGUAUUACAUAUGACACUAAUAUACUAAGUACACCGGCGGGGUGUUGUAGGCCCACGAUCCUCGAUUGAACACGAUUUGCGUCAGUAGUAAGCGUGAGUACGAGUUUUGAGUAAUAACCACAAGUUUUCUGAAGUUUUUCUUUGUUUUCUAACAAGCGUAGAGAGACCGGCCUCCUGGCUGACACCGGGGCAGAUUACGGAAGCGGAGGUGUGGGCAAAAGGAGCAAGGAAACGGGCAGACAGACAGGCCGGAAGUGUUCCGCUCGCUGUUCAAAACAUGCGCUUGAAUGGAAAUGCUCUAGAAAGGAUGGGAAUACAGCCCCAGGCAGUGAUCCAUCGCUCUUUGGCAGAUAAAAGUCAAAACGGAGAAACGAUAAGACGAGAGAGAUAUACGAAAAAGAUUGAGUUAUCUUAGGUCCUAAAACAUCGGUUUUUUUCCUUUUUGCCACCCCUUUCUAGAGAACCAUUUUGCGGCACGUUCGUUUGGCCUAGCUUUUGUUUGAAACUUUUAACAAAUAUUUACUUUCUUAUUUAUGAUAUUUUAUUUCUUGUUCCUUAAUCGGCAAAGGCUGAAAUGAUUUUUAACACAAUCGUCCGUUGAACAUUUGACUCCUUUUGUGACCCCCGAUCCCCCAUGAUCACCCGUUCUGCGCACGCACCUCUGCCGGUUUAUGUUGGGAGAGAAUUUCUAUCGGUCGUAUCGCGCACCACUCCAUAUAGUUGUGGACGUGCUGCUGCUCCGAGUGCUUGUACACACCGUUGCUCGCUGUCCCGGGGUUUUAAUCGUUCUCGAAAAUAGCAGCAUCUAACAACUCCCCGAAAAUCCGGUGAGCCGGUGGAAAAAAGAAAAGCGAACUCGGUUUCGUGUAUUUUUAGCAUUUCGUGGAGCCGCAGCCGGCUGGUCGGUGCCCCGGUGCUUUACUUUGUUGUGCAGUCAACGGCCAACGGAGAGGCCGCUCGAGCGUCGAUCUUGGGUCGAGCGGCACAGCAGCGACCGUCCCGAUAGAGUUCUCUCCCUGCUAAAUCAUCCGGCCACCAGGAGCGGCCGGCAUUUAGAUUCUAGGUUGAAUUUGUUGCCCCUGUUUGUGAACCGCGUUUCCAUUGCUUUUUACCAUAGAUAUAGUACCGAUUUACUGUAAACGGAGGAGGAAAAAUUAUUUAAUCAAAUUUUCAAAUUAUUAAUAAACUACAUUUAUCGACCGUGUGAAGAAGAAGCUCUACAACAAACGAAAACGGAUACGGCAAAGGCGAAAAUCCCGGGCCGGUGCCAGAAGCUAUCCCAUAGCGCAAUGAAUGCACCAAAGGCCGGCUUCAGCGUUCCGCCUGAUGGAGGAAUGGCUUCGAGAUUCGGGAACGCACUAACGCGGUAACAGAAAAUACGAAGAAAGGAGGAACAUCGGUAUAACAUUUAAUGUUUUAUUCUCUGGAUAUUGCCGUACACAACAUAAAAAAUGAAAUUAAUAGUUUUAACACACUUGACCCAUGCCGGAUAACUAAUCUGUUUCAGCAAUUUUUCAUAGUAAAUGAAUAAUAGACAUACAAAAACACAAAAAUGAGACGAAGAAAAGUCAUAUUUUGUUCAGUCAAAUAUGAAGCGGACAACAACAUAUUCACACGAAGUAACAACUACAAAAAUUGGGAAUGAACAAGGCGAAAGGAAAGAUUCAAGGGCAAACAAAAGCUAUUGAGAAACUUUUAAGUAAGGAAUCCAUAAAAACCAACAACACAAUGUACUAGUUAUAAUAUGCGUGACCGGCGGCUGAGAGGACAGGAGUGAAGGAGAGCGGUGUCGCCAAGCAAAGUAAACUCUAAAAGCACCUAUAAAACUGGGGAACACGGUUUGUCUGUGCGAAUCGAGGACGAGCUAAAGGGCAAAGAAUGCGUGAGGGAGCGAAGAAAGAGGGCCUGGAACGGAAAAAGGGACACUAUUAUGAAUAACAGUAACGAUAUUAAUAACAAUAAUGCAAUGUAGUGUGAACGCCACUUAGAGAAGAGAAGCAUGGAGGUACUUGAUCCAUAGACAGAGAAAGAGAGCGAGUCACUGUAUGUGUGGUUUAAAACCAGAAAUAAGACACAAAACACCCAACACCCAAUGAACAGCAACCAUAAAUGGCCGAAAUGGAUGAUGGAUGGUGGUGUGGUUGAACAUCGUAAGAACAUAAGUGAACACGUUUAAAGUAAAAACCACACACAAUAACACACGUAGAAAAAAGCAGUCAAUAAGACCCAUUUAGUAAUGUUUAAGCAUGAUCAAGUAACGUUAAAAGAAGCAAACAAUACACACACACGCGACAACACGCGGUCGGCGGCAGGGGCAGAACCUCGGAAGUGAAAACACAAAUCCAUUGCUGGAGUGCCAAAAAGCAUAAGAUCCCAACCUGCUAACCAACGAUGCUUUUACGGAGGAUUCGAGAAGCGAGAUGAGAUAAACGACCAUCAAAUCAGUAGGGCGAUUGUAAACCAAACGGCAGCAGCCACCAACAACAACAGCAGCAAAGAUGACGCUAGAAUGUUUCUUGUAGUCAACGGCACGACACGAUCCAACCGUCGGCUCUCUCCUGGAGAAGAUGGUGCGCCGCUGACUACGCAAGUGAAGAACAGCGGAAACAAUGUCGAAACUUGUGAAACAAAACCCAGAAAAAAGACGAGAAAAAGCAAUAAAAAAAUCGAAAAAUUAUGCAA